CCUCUUGUAUCGCUCACUCACUCACACGGCUUUCUCCAUAGUCAAAGCAAGGAGGAUCAGGUUCCCCGCCUUGAGUAUAACCCAUUCUUAGUGCAAAGAUUCAAAGCGAAGAGGGGAAACUGAGCAGAAGAGAGAGCGGAGAAGAAGAGCAGAGGGGCAAAAGGAGCCAAGAAUUCCAGUGCGGUGUGGGGUGGAAAAACCAGAGAGACUGAGAAGUGGAAGAGCAUUUGCAGAGUGAAGGUAUCGAAAGAAAGUCAUCCCACGGAACUGAAGACAAUUGAGAGACACAGGACAUUUUGCAGCUCAAAAAUGCAGAAACAGCAAGAACAGUGUCAGAUAUUUACAGCUAUCCUCUUCGCAUUUAUUUUCCUGCUAGCAGCUGUGAGCACUACUGAGGCUGGCAAAAAAGAAAAACCAGAGAAGAAGGUGAAGAAGUCUGACUGUGGGGAGUGGCAAUGGAGUGUGUGUGUCCCCACCAGUGGAGACUGUGGGCUGGGGACGCGCGAGGGCACCCGGAGUGGAGCUGAUUGUAAACAAACAAUGAAGACACAGAGGUGUAAGAUCCCCUGCAACUGGAAGAAGCAAUUUGGAGCGGAGUGUAAAUACCAGUUCCAGGCAUGGGGAGAGUGUGACCUCAACACUGCCUUGAAGACUCGAACUGGGAACCUAAAGAGAGCGCUGCACAAUGCAGACUGCCAGAAGACGGUUACCAUCUCAAAACCCUGUGGCAAGCUUACCAAACCCAAACUCCAAGAACCCAAGAAAAAGAAAAAAGAAGGCAAGAAACAGGAGAAGAUACUGGAUUAGAGAAUCUGUGCUGGGCUGCAUGGGAAAGGGACUUCCUCGAAUGUAAUCGGUUAACACGUUUCAUUGACACCUAGGCAUUUUAUCCAGAAGUUAUUUAUAGCUUAAUUGUACAAUAGGAAGAAACAAACAUACAAAUAUACCCUCUUCCUCCUUUUUUUAUUUUUUACUCUAGUAUUUUAAAUGUAUAAUCUUAACAGCAUUUGUAGAAAUCUGCAAUUUAGUACAUGAUUUAGUAAAUGAUUUCUGUCAUUUAGUACAUGAUGACUAUUGUAUAUUGGAAGGCAUAGAUUCAUUCCAAAUUCCCACUUCCCUCUCUUGAGUCCAAUCUUAAGGCCCGGUUCUGCAUGCUAAGGGCAGGAUUUGUGAUCCACAUGGAACUCCAAGAUAUUUUCUAUACAACUGUUCUAUGACGUCACAAUGGUCUGUCCACAUGCUGUGGGAACUGGUCACCUUGUGUGUAAAACUGACUGAACUAUCCUCCCUUUCCUUUUUUGGACCAUUUUAAGUUUUAUAAUAUCAAAAGUGGGUCUCUAUCCCCAGAUUGUACCUGCACUGAAAUAACUAACUUGGUUGUCAGUUACACCUUUUAAUAAAACAAUGUAAGGCUCUA